AUCUUAUUUUUUUAUUAUUAAAAUAAAAAAUAUAUAUUUUUUAAUUAACUAAAAUGUAGAGAGAGGUAGAGAAAGAGAGAAAUAAAAAGAUAAAGAAGAUGAUCCGGUGUGGUGGUUACUGUUCCCCGCCACCAUUAAUCAUAGACAUAUCCCACCACUAGCCACCACAUACACAUACACCUGGGAUGGUGACCACUAACCAAUCGCAAAGAAUAGAUUUUCAUUCGUAUUAGUAUUUAUUUUCUAAAAACAGUAAAAAAAAACCCUAACACCUGUGUAGGAAAAAUUUAAAGGUAUGCAAUUGAGUCGGGAGGCGUGCAAGGGAAUCUGCUGUCCGAAUUCAGCAGCUCGAAAAGGCUUUUUCUUGUUCACGUUCAUUUAGCUUGUCACGGUCGAUGGUAAGGAGUAUGUUUUGCUGCCCCUCCUCUGCUUCUUGUUCUUGUGUUUGUUGAUGCUCUCCAACUGUUUGUACAAAUGCCUGGCCUACAUUUUGGUGUUUGGUUCUAUAACACUAAAGUAUCAGAGCGAUGCCCUUUACUGGAUUUCACGGUUUAAUAACAUUUUGAAGAAUAUUCAUGAGCGGGAGGAUCAAGAAAAUGUUUUUGAUGAGUUGAUUUGCCUUGAGAAAGAUGGAUCAUUGCUGAAAGUUCAAGUUGAUGAGUUGCUUCUUGUUGAUGUGGAGUUAAAGAAGGCUUGUUGCAGGGUAAAAGCUUGGAAGGUGCUCCGUAGUAAAAUGCCUUUGGAAUCUAUUCAGCAAGUAAUGGAUGUGGCCAGCGAACUGCAAAUUGGGAAUGAGAAGGUUUCUGAUGUACUUGCUCGAGCUGUGUGCUUGGAAGAAAAAGCAAAACAUGUUCUUGCUUGUGAGGUUCAGAUGUCUGAAUACGAGGAUGUUUUAAGGAUGUCGGAAGAUCUUUGUGCACUUGUACCUUCUGUUGAUGGUGUCAAGGGAGCUUUGUUGAUGGCAAAGUCUUGGUUAAUCAAGUCUAAACCAUAUUUAGUUACUGAUCUCUCUGUGAUGUCAGACGCAAAUUCUUUGCUUAAAGUUGAUGACCUGAAUAAGGAGUUGGUUUUGAAAUCAAAGUUACUGAAGAUGUGUCUGGAAGAGAGAUCUUUGCUUGAAGAUAUUACUAAGAUGGAGUCCAUAAUGAAGGCUGAGUAUUCACUUCGUUUUGACUCCCUUGUGAUUCCAAAGCUACAGGAAACUUGUGCAAUUCUCCAGUGGUGCUUUAUAGCCCUUAAUUUCCAUGCUGUUGAUCCAACUCUCAAGGAAGUUUUAACGUUAUUGGAGGAUGCAGAAAAACAUCAUGUUGCAUAUGCAUCUCGUCCUUUUUGGAGGUCAUUGGUCGAUGGUAUGAAUUGGCUUAAGAAAGCCUUAGAGAUCCUUGGUCCAUGCAAUGACAUUAAAAGGUUUGAUUUGAGUGACGUUAAAGAAACUUUGAGACAAUAUAAGAUGAUUAAGAUUUCCUUUUCGUUGAUCGUUGACCGAUUACUUGAUGCUGUGAAGAGGCACAAUGUAUGGGUGGAGGAAGUGAAAUCUUUUUUCAACUGCAGCAGUGGAGAUCGUUCAUGGUCUUUGUUACUGCAGCUUGAGAGGGAGUUGGAAGCACUGAUGCUUUCAGUUGUACGGAGAUGGAGAUGGUUGCAUCUCAAGUACAAAAGGUGA